AUGCUGGGAGAUGUCGUAAAACCCGCUCCGGCUUCUUCCUGUAAUGGCCGAUUUCAGGGAUGCUGCAGAGGGAUUUUUUAUCUCCGGCAAAAGCCCGAUUUUCACCGAUCCGAAUGCAAAUGCGGAGCUCGCCCAAAUUAUGGGUGUCUCGGGAUAUGCAGCGGCCGAUUAAGUGCCCAAGAAUGUCCGAAGGCGGAGAAGAUUGCUUGCUUUAGGGGCCUCUUGAUCGUUGUCUCCAGUAUUGAUGAAAAUGUCGUGAUUCCGGUCGCUUCGUUGGCUGCGUGUCAUAGCGCCGUUUCAGUUUCUGCUGACUGA